CUGAUUUCUUCAUUCCUCCUUUUUUCCCCAAUAGAUUUUGAUCUUUUGAUCUCACGCGAAACUGUCAAAAAGGUUAAUGCUCAUUUAAUACUGACACCGUCUAAAUACCUUUUGUGUACUAAAUUUGACGAUACGUCUUCGACUUGCAGCGAUAACCAAAAUUAUAGGUGGUUACAGCGCGCGUCCCGCGACGGUGAUCUCCGCCCAUCUCCGCUGCCACUACUCGAGUCGCGCCAAGUGCGUGGAGGAAAGACCAUGGCCGACGUUCUCGAUUCACCACAACUCGUUCAAACACCGUCGGUGAAUCGACGUGGUUCGACAGAAAAACCUCCAAUUUUGGCUUUCCGGUCUUCGUUCGAACGGUUACCUGACGAAAUCAUCGAACAGAUCCUACGAUUGACAGACCCAAAUUCGUUCGCCUCCCUCGUCCUCUUAAAUUCCAAAUGGCGAGCAGUAUCACAACAAGCGCAUCUCUACGAACACCAGCUUGCGCAAUGCCCAUCUUAUGUCGCGAGCCACAAGACCCGCCGUGCGAACCCCACGUCCGACGAUGAUCUUCCCGACCUCCGCCGGCUCUUUGCCCGCGAGGUCAAGCGCAACCUCUUCGAUGCCUACCUGCGCCCGAGCCUGACCGUGAUCAAGCUCGUAUCCAACUCCAUCAGCUCGUCCUCGUGCCCCGGCGGCGAGGGUAUGCAGUUCCACCCAUCGCCCCGGGGUCAUCAGCUGCUGGCGUACAACUCGUCGCGCAUCUACGUCAUUGACGCGCGGGAACACGAGAUCAAAGUCAAGAGGGAGCUCAAGAUCCUGAGGAGGCCCGCGGCGACUUGCAUCAUGGACGAUGGCUCCCUCUUGGCCGUUCUCCUAACCGAGAUGCAGGUUGAUCUGUACGACCUCACCCAGUCCCCGCCGAAGCGUACACAGUCAAUCAUCCUGGAUAACAGCCCGCGCGCCAUCGCCCUGUCUCCUUGUGGCUCGGUCCUGGCUGCCGCAUACGAGGGCGGGAUAGAAGUCUCGUCGCUUAGCCCUGGGGCCAUGGGCACAGAGAGGAGGGCUGUAAAGUGCGACGCAGUCGACGCAUUGGCAUUUUCUUUUGAUGGGACCCAAAUCCUUGGAACUACGGUUCAGUCUGCCCAGCCGAAUACGGUGAUAUUGACGGCUCCUUACUAUGAUGCUGGCAGUCAUAUGGAGAGUGACAACAUGAGCGGGCUGUGGACCACUUCCAUCCUGUUCCCCAACACCAGCCGCGACUGCAGUCAUGCCGUCUUGCUGCAGGAUUCAAACUUUGAGGAGGCAGCCUGGGCAUUCACCUACGAUAGGAGUUUUGAAACCUUUCGCGCUGUCAGGAUCGAUGAUCUGCGCAACGGGACCACAUACUUUACUGGCCCAGUACCGAGCAAGAGCUCGCAGGGCAGGCUGCUUCCGUGUACCCUACCGGCAGCAUCGUACCGUGGAGAUCUCGUGGCGGCCGGCUUUCAGGGGAACGAGAUUUGGGUUUACGGCGUUCCCGAGGAUCUCGACGCCCCACCCGAACCUCCAAGCAAGGAUCCGGAGCACGGCUCGCCUGAAAGCACAGGAUUGCGCCGACGCGGCAGUGGACCUUCCACAAGAUCCACCUCACGGGGUCAGGAGAAUGCCAACGAAAGAGUACCACAGUGGCAGCUGUUGUGCGACAAACUUCGUAACACGUUCAUCACCGGGUCCAAGGUUGCUGAGUUGAGCGGCGCCGGCACCGUCAAGUGGGUCGCUGGGUUUGGGGACUCAUCGCUCAAGGAAAGACUCAUAGUCUGUGCCAAGGGCCUUUCUGACAAGCCAGUGUGCGAGGAGGACGAGUUUGACUUUGCCGAUGGCGGCAGGCUUACCCUGAUCGACUUUGACUACGGCGUUGAAGACGGUCAGGUUACCGAGAUCACCAUUGAGGUCGGAGAUGCCAAGCCCGAGGUGCUGGAAGAGGAGACGCGUGACAUGGAGACUGAAGUUGCAAUUGUCAGGAGGAGGACAGUAGCACAGAGGAGGGGCAAUCAGAGCUCUGUGAUGCGGGCUGCCACGACGGCCGCACGCCUACCUCCUGUUCCCUUGCCCCCUAUGCCACAACGCACCAAAGGAGACGAUGCUGAUGACCCGUUGGUUCCACGACGAACGGGUGUGCCUCCUGUUCCGCAGAGGACUGAGACCGGCGGACCUUUGUCCGACGAUGGCGACGGCCAAUCCCUGCUCGAUCCUCAAGAGGCCCUGGAGGAUCCAUACUCCCAAACGGGGCCCCGGUCCGGUCCAACUCUCCGUCGGGCGGCCACUGCCGCUGCUAAUCAUCGCCGCUUUCACCCGUCGUCGGGCCCGGAGCCCGCGGCAGUUCAAAUCCGAAGGGUUGAUGGACGGCAGGGUCCGCCCCAUGAAAGUGAUGCUGAUAACUGGGUGCCACCACCGCCACCGUACCAGAAGGAAACCCCGGUUGUGGACCUUCCGUCGUUCCUGAGGCACAAUAACAUUCCGCCUGCCGGCGACAACACAACCACCGUCACUCCUCCGGUGCCGCCAAUCCCCAGUCAAAUCUCGCAUCAAGCAUCGCGUAGCAACCCCGUGCUGCCAAUAAUCCGUCAAACGGCUCCAAAUCGACUGUCAUCACACGAUGGCGUCUUGGCGACUAAUCAACAGAGACAUGUUAGUGACUCGAGUGUGGCCCGGCCGCGGAGCAUUGACGCACCACAGCCCAGUCCGAGCACGUCAGGGCUGGGUAUCCGUGACAACGAAGACAUAUACGAUGUCAGCCCGCCGGGGACUCCUAAUCAUUCAGGACCGCGCCCGGCUGCGAUUCCUCGUCAUUCGACCGACAGCAGCGGGCAUCUAACUACGACUCCCACUCACAAUUCGAAAAUGUCGACUCCCGUGGCUCCUUCGCCAGCCGUCUCUAACAUGGGCCAGGAUACCCCCACGCAGGCACCCACUGCAUUCACGCCUUCGACGAUUGCGAGCACGCCGGCUGUUCGGCAAGGCGGGCAGGGAGGACCGCCGCUACUUGAUCUUCAGAUUCCGUCGUCUGCUCUGUCGCCUUCGCAGAUGUGGAAUACCCUCGCCACAGCCAACAGUGUUCAACAGUCGGCAGGCUCCAGGGGUUUGGCCAACUCCCAGACUUGGCCCAAGCAGACUACAUCAGACAAGUCACCACCGGCGGUCUGUAUGUCUUCGGCUGGGAUUCCGCAGUCGGCCCCGGCCACGAGCUUCGACCCUGGCGAGGCCAUCGCCAAGGCUCAGCAACAGCCCAUACCAGGCGUGAUUCGAUCCGCCACUCAUGGCGCCCCAACCGAGCCUCCUCCUCCAAUCCCAUCACAGCGCCAGCGUCAGCCUUACUCGCCCAGUCAGCAUCCUCUCCAACAGAACCCGAUAACCCCAAGGGUGCGCCAGGCCCAACAGGUGUCACCAGUUCCACCCCCCGAGACGCCCCUGAUCAUCAGCACCCCACGUGGGAUCACGGGCGCCUUUGACACCCCAGGCUCGGCUAAGCAAGCCGAGCCACGACCCGAAACGCCCCUCGUGUCCCCCGUGCCCCGUCACCCGCGCGCCUCGCCAGGCUCCUCUGGCCCCGGGUUCCGCCCGGCCGCCGAGCGCCUCGAGGGCAUGUACAACUCGUCGUCGUCAAUCCCUCGUCCGCCGCACGACUUCCUCAACGUCCCGCUCGUCCCCGCGUCCCCCAUAUCAUCGGGUGCGACUUCGCGCGGUGCCUCCGGCAGCGUUCUCGGCAGGCGCAAGAGCCGCGCCGAGCGCAGCGCCGCCCGCAACAUGUCGGACGCCAAGAAGCGCGGCUGGAGGCGGUCCAAGAGCAAGCGCGGCAAGAAGAAGGGUGCCAAUGGUGACAACAACCAGCAGCAGGAGACGACCGACGCAGUGGUGGGAUCGGCCUUCCAGCAGCACCAGCAGCUCGACGCAGAGGGUGGCAGCGUCCAGGCCUGGACCGAGAUCUCGGCGCCGCCGCCGGGCGUGCUGGGUCCGCAGAGCACCGCCAACGCGGCCAUGAGCGCGUAUCAGAACAAGAAGAGCGGUAGCCGCUUGAGUAAACAUAAAAAGGAUCACAAGUGUACCGUCAUGUGA